AUGAAAAGAGUUUCCUUAGUGUUUAUUCUAAUUUUUUUAAUUUAUAUAAAAAAUAUAAAAAAUGUAGAAAUAAAAAAAAAGGUUUUUGAUUUUAAGCAUAAUUAUUUUAAAAAAAUAACGCGGCAGUCGUAUAAAGGGAGAUUAAUAUACACAAACAUAAGGUUUAAUAAUACGAAUACUUUAAAAAAUGAAACAAAGAAAAACCAUUUUUCUGAAAAAGAUAUAAUUAAAGAAAAAUUAAAUAAAAUAAAGAAAAUUAAAAAUGUUUUUAAUAAAUAUAAUAUAAAAAUAUAUAGGGGGAGUAUAAAAAAUUUUGAAAUAAAAACAAAACAGUUAACUUUAUACAAAUAUAAUUUAGCAAAGAAAUAUAUUAUUGUAAUAAUGAACAAAUGGAAACAUAAAAUAAUGAUAUAUAUGAAAAAUUUUAAGAAUUAUUCUAAUAGGAUAUUUUACAAUUUAAAAAAAAAAAUUUCUCACCAAAAUAAUAUGUUUUAUGUGUAUGUAAAGAAUAUUCCUUUUUUAGAUAAAAGAAAUUUAGCAAAAUUAAUAAGUUACAAUUCUGUUAACUUAUUAUUUUUAUUAUUUACCUUUUUAUAUUAUAAAAGUGAUUAUAUUUAUAAAUUUUUAAAAAAAAAAUAUGCUUUUAUAGGAGAAUUCAAAAACAUAAAAACAGAAAAAUAUAUAAAAAUACAUACAUUAUCUACUUUGUUUUUUUUCUUUUAUAAGUUUUUUAUUCUUAGACUUUUAUUUAUUCUUAAUUCAUAUAAUUUUUUCUCAAAGAAAUUAUAUAUAUUAAAUAAUUUAUUACACUUUAUUUUUUUUUCUUAUAUUUUUAUGUUUCCUUAUUUUCUUAUUCAAGCUAACUGGGGAAGUUUCUAUUUGAUUGAUACUAAGAAAAGUAAAUUUUUGGGAAGUGUUUUUUUAUUUCAAUUAAUUUUAAUUUAUGCUCGACUCAUUUUUCAAAAUAAUUUAAUGUUCAUGAAAAAGUGGACAGAUGAAGAAUUUUUUAAUAAAGAAGAAUUAAUUAAAAAUAUAAAAUAUAAUAAAAAAAUUGAUUUUUAUGUCAAUUUAUUAAAUCAAUAUAAUAUUUUAAAAAAAAUUUAUAUUGGAAAUAAUAAAUUUUAUGAAAUUAUCUUAUAUUUACAUAAAUAUAGAUAUUUAUUAGAUAUUAUAUUUCCAAUUAAUAAUUUGUUUUACAUAUAUAUUGCUCAUUCUAUUUUCUUUUAUUUAAAUAAUUUAUCUUUUGCUGGUAUUUAUAUAUCUUCCUUUUCGUUUGUUCUUUUGCUUAUCAAAGCUAUUUCUAAUAAAGUUGAUAUGUAUUUUUUAACAAAACAUAUUUAA